ACAGACGAUGCGCUAGUCAAUACAGGAAGUGAAGCACGACGAGGGCGGAAUUGGGAACCAUCCAAAAGGUCGACAGAUCCCCGCGGCUCCCGGUCUGGGGUCCGUUCUGUCCCCAAUCAUAUCAUGAUCUUAUAUCUACUCGACGGGGGUGAGCUCAACAGCCUGAGGGUAUCUGGGUGUCCUGUCACAAAAAGACUGCUUAGAGUCUUGCGACUAGAUCAACCGUAAACUACACAGUUCCAACCGACGAGAGAAUGGCGACAGAAUUGCAGUCGCAGACGAUCAGCCUCCUGGAAAAGAUCGCGCAAUCGCAAAGGGUAUUGGAAGGGAGACUCGACGCGAUAGAGAGGCUCCUCGGCCAACAGAAACCGGCGCCCUACUUUCCGCAAUUCCGACGGCUGCCGCCCGAGCUAAGACACCGCAUCUGGUCACUCGCCAUCCCCACUCGGGUCCUGCGGCUAUCGAGGCGGGCCAGCAAGAAGCACACAACACUGCACAUGAGCCCCCCCGCCAUCGCCCAGGCCUGCCGCGAGGCGCGAGCGGUAGCAACGCGAAACGGGGGGAACGUCUACCUUAAGCACGAUACCGCCAACCCUGAGAGCCCCAUACGGACGACCCGGCACUGGUUCGACAGCUGCCAAGACGUACUCGAGCUGGACAGGCGGGUCGACGUCGCGGGCGACAAGCCGCGCGGCAGCAGGGACCUCGUCCGCGACGCGCAGCAUAUCCUCGCCCCGCGCGCCGAGGCCGAGUGGUUCGCCCGCCUGUUCCGGCAGACGGCCCAUCUCAGGAGGCUCAGCCUUAUGUUUGACGCCGUCUCGGUCAGUUCCUGCGCCUGGGACUCCGGCGUUGUGAGGCGCCUCUUCGGCGACGCCGGCACCGUCGUCACCAUGGACCUCGAGAACGCGGGCGAGAUCGCGUGGGUCAAGGGCGUCUUGCGGGAGCACUGGAGGAACCCUGUGUUCUGCGCGUUCGACUUGGAGGCCUGGGCGAGGGAGAGAGGGUUCGGUGUCGGAACGGGUCCAAGAGAUGAAGGUUGGAUGCGGCGGUUGCCCAGAACGUGGAUGAGCGAGGUCGCGAGAGGGUGGGUCAUGGCCAAGGCGGAGGUGAUGGCGGCGGAGAUCGGAGGAGAGGCCGGAGGGUGGGUUGGAGGGGGAACGAAAGGGCAGCUGGACACGGAAGCGUCAGAGGCGCGAACACGGGCUUCUGCGGCGGCGACGUUGGAUAUGAAGGACGACUUCGUCAGGGCUGCGCUGCUGGCCAUGCCCCAAGUGAAACUCGUAAGGGUGUUUUCCCACGCUGAGGUUCAUGCUGGUUGUCGUCCAUAACACCAACCCUCAUAUCAAAGUCUAUUUCAAGCUCCAAUGACGUCGAAUAACCCCGAAUUUUCAGCCUCGACUGAAUCACCUCGGACUAGACAUCUAAGAGUAUAUUGAGAUGCUAGGUAUGUUGAAAGAACUCUGAUGUAGGGUUCUCCACUGGCACUGUUUGCCGUCAAGGGGGUAUUUCCCAGGUUGCCCAGCCAUCUGCGUCUUUUCCUCGCUCGUACGUAAAGCAAGAAUCACCCUCGGUUGUUGGAGCGAUCGAUCUGCUGGAA